AUGACUGCCUCAGAUGAGGAUAUCGAGAAGAAGGGCGUCACCGCCGUCGAGCCUACUGGGGAUCGGGGCGUUCCAGGAUAUGACGAUGUUGCGGUCGGCAGCUCAGAGUUUAGCCCUCUCAAGAGGAGUCUGCAGGGCCGUCAUAUGCAGAUGAUCGCUAUUGGUGGUUCCAUUGGUGCUGGUCUGUUCGUCGGUACUGGUAGUGCUUUGCAAUCCGGAGGUCCUGGAGCUCUCCUUAUCUGUUAUUUGAUUGUCGGUGCCAUGCUUUUGCUCACAGUCCAGGCACUGGGAGAGUUGGCUGUCGUGUAUCCUGAAAACGGUGCUUUCUUCACUUAUUGCGUUCGGUUCAUCAGUCCUGCUUGGGGCUUUGCUGUCGGCUGGGAUUAUGCUAUCAGUUGGCUCAUCAUCUUACCCUUCGAGAUCACUGCUGCCAGUAUCACCAUUCAAUAUUGGCGCGACGAUCUAAACGUCGGGAUAUGGAUCGCAGUCUUCUUAGUUGUUCUGUCAGCCAUCCAAAUCUUUGGUGUCCGUGGAUAUGGUGAAGUCGAAUUUGCCCUGGGCAUGAUCAAGGUCAUUGCUGUCAUCGGCUUCAUCAUCCUCGGUAUCGUGAUCGACUGUGGUGGUGCCCCCAAGGGAGGAUACAUCGGUGCCCAUUACUGGCAUGACCCUGGCGCAUUCACCACCUUCCGGGGCUUCUGCUCUGUGUUCGUGACGGCCGCGUUUGCCUUCUCCGGUACUGAGCUGGCUGGUCUUGCUGCUGCCGAGGCCGCUAACCCCGCCAAGUCUGUCCCCAAGGCUACCAAACAGGUCUUCUGGCGUAUCAUGAUCUUCUAUGUUCUGGGAACAUUCAUCGUUGGCCUGAUCGUCCCUCACACUGCCGAUUACCUGGUCAACUCCUCCGGUGCAAACACCAAGGCUUCUCCCUUCGUCGUCUCCAUUCAGAAUGCCGGUAUCAGUGGCUUGCCAUCGGUGAUGAACGCUGUCAUCACCAUCUCCGUCAUUAGUGUCGCCAACUCUGCCACCUAUGGAUCUAGCCGUACACUCCAGGCUCUGGCUGCUCGCGGCAUGGCCCCCAAGAUUUUCGCGUACAUUGACAAGAAGGGUCGCCCCCUGUACUGCAUCCUUCUCCAGAUCGCCUUUGGCUUCCUUGCUUUCAUCAACGAGGCCUCGAGCACUGGUGAUGUUAUCUUCAACUGGCUUCUGGCUCUUUCCGGUACCAUCUCCUUCUUCGUCUGGGGAAGUAUCUGUCUUGCCCAUGUCCGCUUCCGCGCUGGUUGGAAGCACCACGGUCGUCAAGUCAGCGAGCUGGCUUUUGCCGCUCCGUUCGGUGUGAUUGGAAGUUGGAUUGGCUUUGGUCUCAACGUAAUGUGUCUUGUUGCUGAGUUUUAUGUCUCUGUUGCUCCCAAGGAUGCCGAGACCUUCUUCAUGAACUACAUCGCUGGCCCGCUGAUCAUUGCCCUGUUCAUCGUCUGGAUGAUCUAUACCAAGAUCAACAAGGACCCCAAGCUUGACCGUGGUGCUUGGUUCGUGAGUUUGCAGGACAUGGAUGUCUUCAGCAACAUGCGUGACACUGCAUUGGACGUUGACCUGCCUCCCAAGGUUGUGUACCACACUUGGGGAGAGUGGUUCAAGGCGGCGCCCAUGAGAGUCGUUCGCUCCAUUUUCUAA